AUGUCGAAUAUAUACAAUCAUAGACAGAUUGUUCCAGGUGGUGGUACCGGUGGUCCGAGUCGUAUCAACGAACUUUUAGAUGCUUUAAAAAAUGAAUUUGAAAGUCUUAGUCAGGAGGCUAUGACUUAUAAAAUACAACGCGAAGAAUUUGAACAUAAAGCUGAGGAGGUUUCGCUUAUUCGUCAAAGUUUAUAUGAAUUACAAGCUACACAUAAAGGCAUAAAACAACAGUAUGAUAACGAUCUGCGAAAUCUUCAGCGUGAAAUUGAACAACAAAGUAAUUUGUUUGGUGGUAUUAUCAGUGGCAAUGGCGCCCCUGGUCUUGCUGCUCCUCCUCAAAUGUCUAUGGAUCCUACACAGCAACCAACAAAUCAACCUGGUCAUCCGGGAAACUAUCCUGGUCCGAGCGGUCCUCCUCAGAGCGUUCCACAAUCAACUAGCACCGCUCCUUCUCCAUAUCUUAAUGGUGGUGUUCCCACGGGUUCUUUAUCACAACCUCAUACUCCUAAACGACCCCGUAUAGAGGAUACUGUUUCAACUCCGGUUCCUCAAAAUCCUCUCGGUAUGACUCCUGGUUCUCAACAAUCUCAACCUGGUUUGUACAGUAAUAAUGGCAUUCCUCCGCCUCAGUCUAGUCAACAAGGUCAACCUCAGUUAUCAAAUUACAUGCCUCCUGUUGGUCCAAGUAGUAAACCUGGUGGUAAAAUUGCAAAGCCUGUAACUUUAAUACCACAGAUUCCUCCAAGUAUUGGCGGCCCUGAUGGACAACAAUCUACCGGUGGUCCUACCAAUGGUAAUGCUCAACAGGUUUCCUCAAAUAAUAAACGAAAAAGUAAUCAAAACAUGGGUGCUCAACUACCAGGAUCCCGCGCUCCGAUAAACAAAGGUUCGCUUAGUGGUAGUAAUCAGACAUUAGGUGACAUGGAUCCAGAGACAGUCCCGGCUCAACUAAAAAAAGAAGGUGGUGAUUGUUUUAAUCCUAAAGUACAACGAGCACUUGACGUUGAUCUUUUCCAUACAUUGGAACAUAAUAGUUCAGAUGGGAAAUAUCUUGCCACUGGUUGUAAUCGAAGUGCUCAAAUUUAUGAUGUAGUAAAUGGUCAAAAAUUAUUCGUUCUUGAUGAUAACAAUGUGGACAAAACUGGUGAUUUAUAUAUCAGGAGUAUUUGGGACAUUCAAAAACAAACUAUUAGAUCACUUUUUCCAGGCCAUGAACAAGAUAUUUAUUCACUUGACUUUUCACGUGAUGGCCGUUUAAUUGUGUCUGGUUCUGGAGAUAAAACUGCUCGCGUUUGGGAUAUGGUUACUGGUGAAUUAUUGUAUAAACUCUCAAUUGAUGAACCAAGUCAAAAAGAUGCUGGUGUAACUAGUGUAGCAAUUAGCCCUGAUGGUUAUUACGUCGCAGCUGGAUCAUUAGAUAAAAUAGUACGCGUCUGGGACGCACGAACAGGUUAUCUUCUUGAACGUUUGGAAGGACACAAAGAUAGUGUUUAUUCUGUUGCCUUUGCACCUGAUGGUAAAACGUUAGUCUCUGGAAGUUUAGAUAAAACUUUGAAAUUAUGGGAUAUGAGUCAUCCGGGAAGAAAUUCUGGUGCCGGAUCUAGUCAAAAGAAUUCUGCAAAGAUGACUUUCAACGGACACAAAGAUUUCGUUUUAUCCGUUGCUGUCUCUCCUGAUGGUCGUUGGGUAGUUUCAGGAUCUAAAGAUCGUGGUGUACAAUUUUGGGACCCAAUUACCGCACAAACUCAAUUUAUGUUACAAGGUCAUAAAAAUUCAGUAAUUUCUGUAGCCUUAAGUCCGGCUUUAAGCGGCCCAACUGGCAAGCUUUUUGCUACUGGGUCUGGUGAUUGUCGAGCGCGUAUAUGGCGAUAUUAUGAUGAUCAAUAA